CGUGGGCCUCUCACUGUUGUGGCCUCUCCCUUUGCAGAGCGCAGGCUCCGGACGCGCAGGCUCAGCGGCCACGGCUCACGGGCCCAGCCGCUCCGCCACAUGUGGGAUCUUCCCGGACCGGGGCACGAACCCGUGUCUCCUGCAUCGGCAGGCGGACUCUCAACCACUGCGCCACCACGGAAGCCCUGCUGAGAUUGUUAACCCAGCUCAGAUGCUGCCUCCUCUAGGCCUGGAGACUCCUCCAGGCCUCCAGGCAGUCUUCCUAAUAGCUGAUCACUCCUCCUCUGUGCAUUGUACCUGCUUAUACCUUGGCACCUGCCACCCUGAUUAAUAAGAGCUGCUCACACCGCAUCUCCUGCUAGAUCUGCAGUGUCUUUGGGGUAAGGGAGUCCCCACCCACAGUGAUUGCCUUAGGGCCUGGCACACAGUAGGUGCUCAGUUAGCGCUCCGUGAGGUGAGUAAAUGCUGAUUGACCAUGGAGCUGACAGAGCAUAAGCCCAAGACCCCUCAGUCGCAUGGCCCAUUACAUGCCUACAAGACCAUAUGAUUCUGUAAAAUUUGCAAAAGUAAGAUAUUUUUAUAUUCUUUUUCUUAAAGAGGUCCUUCUCCCAAAUUGCAUGAGCUGCAGGCCCCAUACAACAUGGACCCCAUCCAGGGAAGCAGGUUUCAAACCUGGGGUUGGAGGGGUGGGCUCAUGACAGUCAGAGGGGGAACUGAUGCUUCUUUGGGGGCCAGGAGGACAAGGAGCCACCCUGAUUUAGGCAGCGGCUGAUGGCCUGGGGGCUGGAGGGUUGCAGCUCCCUGGGCACACCUGUUGCUUUAUUCCGCCGCCUGGCCCCCAAGACGGUGUGAACUGCUCCACGGCCCCUCAUGUUUUCCUCUUCUCUUUUUCUCCUCACCUCUGUUUUCCUCUUUCCUUCAUUUCUUUGUCUUCCUCCCUCAAUCCAGCCCAGAAUUUCUACCGAGGGGGUUGUGGUCCAUAAUGGGGGAGAAAUUUCAGGAACUAUCCUCUUCCUUCUCUUUCUCUUCCUUUCUGCAAUCACCCUCUUCUUUGACGUCCCCCGCCUCCCACCCCAUCAGUACACACUCUUCUCAGGCCCCACCACAAAGCCUCGAAUUGGGUUCGUCCUCUGUGGCUGAAUGAGGCCAGCCCCAGCAUCCCCCGUGGGACCCACUGGUUUGACAUCUUUGAAGCUCCAUCUGGCACAUGAUGGAAUGAGCCUGGCAGUCCCAGAGUGGCCACGUGGCUUUGGCUUAGUUAUUUACCUCCUCUGAGCCUCAACUGCUUCAUCUGUAAGAUGGGAAUAAGAAAGCCUACCCUAUGGGAUCUUCGUGAGGAUCAAGGGAGACAAGUUGUUUGCAGGUGCUUGACACCUGUCAAGGGAUGUUCAGGCACGAGCUCCCGUUCUGUCCGGACAGGUUGGACCUUCCUGAAAUCCACUGGCCCUGAGGGCUUCCCUGGUGGAGGCUGAACUGCUGGAUUCCAGAAGCUGGACCCAGGUUUUGAUCCCCGGCAGCCUCAGCUCACUUCCUAGCCUCUUCCAUGAGAACUGCCCCAGCUUCCAGUGGGUUGAUGUUAAUCAUAUUUGCUGUGAAUAGUCACUGACCUAUAAUUGCAGCCUAUUAACUGUGUUUUCCUCUUUCAUUUGCACGCAGGAAUUGUGUCCUACUUCUAGAAAGCAAAUUACAGGUUGGAAACCAGAAUAUUUCAAAGGGGAGGUGAAAAGGUUGGAGCGCAGUGACUGCUCCAUAAUGAAGUGUCCAGUGAUCGCGUCCAGGCUGGGCCAAGAGAGUGUCCGCUGCCGGCCCACGUUCAUUCAGGUCUCCCUGCCCCUACCCCUGGGAAGCACCAGUGGACAGCGACCCCUUCUCCUUGGCCAGACUGUUUAUGAGUACCUCCUGUUUGUCCAGCCCCCGUGGCUGCUGUCCAUCGGAGGGGAGCCGGUGGCUUCUCUGGGGGACGCCAGCCUGACGGGAUUAAACAGCACGACGAUCAGCGUGGACGUCACCACCACGCUCACCAUCCAGAGCCCAAGGCAAGACCCCGUCCAGAGGCAGGAGGUCAGGGGUGGGCAGCAGCCCUACCAGGCGGGGAGCCUCAAGGCGUGGCCCCCUCGGGGAGGCCCCGGAGAGCAGUCUGCCGGCGCUCCAGUGCCGAUUCAAAUGUCCACCUGGAGACCGGACAGAUUUAGGCAGGCGGAGCGUCCUGUCACCACCCUUUCGUCCGUGUGCCUGCAGAGUGUGUAUUUUUCUGUGUCACGUGUCCUUCCCCAUUCCAGUGUCAUCCCAGCCAGAGAUGGAGGUCUUGUUCACAUCCCAAAGCAGAGACUGGAUCUGGUCAAAAGAGAUUCCUACUUGGAGGAAAGCCUGAGCCUAAAAUUCCGAGUCCACCAGUUCCUUACCUUCACAGUGACCGAAAACAGGGACUUCGCGGUGGUCGGUGUCCUGGCGGCUGGGGUGCUCCAGGUCAGGCAAUGCCAGGAGGCCCAAGGAGCUCCGGGGAUGCAGGCUUUCUAUAGGGUGGUCCUGAGCCUGGGAUUUGCUGAGGUGGCCGCCCCCAUCCUCUGGACGGUGGAGAGCUCCUUUCAGGGUGUGGGCGAGAGUCACGCAGGAGCCCCUCCAGGAGGAAUACCAUCUGCUGCCUUUUCCCAGUUCCAAACUGCAGGACCAGCUGCCUUUUGGGAGGAUUCUGCUCCCUUAGGAGAAGGACUGACCUCUGCCCCCUUGUCUGCCUCAACUGCCACGCCGAGGACCACUCCCCAGCAGGAGCCCCUCCAGGAGGAAUACCAUCUGCUGCCUUUUCCCAGUUCCAAACUGGGAACUUUGGAGGCCUCUGGGAAGGGUUUUCUCAGAUCUCAGGCCAUCUGUUACCCUAACUGGCAGUCUAGGCCUGAGCAGAGCCCCACCCAGCUGCCAGGAAGUCCCCUCCUACUGGAAGUGUCACAGGGGGAUGUGGCUGCCUACUAGCCCAUGCGGGGGCCCUGGCAGGCCAGCAAGGAGGUCCAGCCAUUGACAAAGCCCUUGAUGACCAGCCUGGCUGAAGAGGCGUCGUGUUCGUGCUGCUCCCCUGGAGAGCCCCAGGAAACCUCCUCCAGAACGGAAGCUGGGGGGCCACCCAGGGAGGCCAGAGGGCACCUGGACCUCUCAUUGCCAGAACCAAGUCAGGACCUGGAGGGGACUCACCCUCCUUCUGGGGAUGGAUGCCACAGCACUGCCCCAAUGGUGAAUACUUCCAAGGUGUGGUGGCAGCAGCCAGGCCCCAGUGCCCGUCUGAGGGCCUCAGGACCGGAGCGCAAGGGGGAGGCACAGGGAGGGCCCAGCAGCCCCCUGCCAAUUCUUACUGCUGAGCAGCUGCCAGCAGAGUGCAGCCACCUGACAGCUCUUCCCGAGAGCCAUCGGGCCUCUGCCUCCGAGAAGCCCACUGCCUCAUCUGUGGGAAACCUGGCCGAGCCUAGAGACCCUUUCACUGCUGGCCGGGGCAGCCCCCGGCACGAGCCAGCAGAGCCCACGUUGGCAACCAGCCCUGAAAGGCACAGGCCUCCUGAGCUUCAGAACAUCGUGGAGGGGCUUCUGAGAGACCCCCUUGCUGGGGGGAGUCCUGGAAGCACCGCAGGGGAUGCCAGCAGCUGGUACCCCGCUGGCUUGGACAGCUCCGGUGACCCCUGUUGA